ACAAGGGCCAUCUCACCCACCAUGGCUUCCGUCCCGAGUGUGCAAUGCUUCGGCAAGAAGAAGACGGCUACCGCUGUCGCCCACUGCAAGCAAGGCAAGGGCCUCGUCAAGGUCAACGGCCAGCCCCUCUCUCUGGUGCAGCCUGAGAUCCUCCGCUUCAAGGUCUACGAGCCCCUCCUGAUCGUCGGCGUCGACAAGUUCGCCGGUGUCGACAUCCGUGUCCGCGUCUCUGGCGGUGGUCACACCUCGCAGGUCUACGCCAUCCGCCAGGCCAUCGCCAAGUCCAUCGUCGCCUACUACCAGAAGUACGUCGACGAGCACUCCAAGAACCAGCUCAAGCAGGCUUUCGUCCAGUACGACCGGGCGCUCCUGGUUGCCGAUAACCGCCGCGCAGAGCCCAAGAAGUUCGGUGGUCGUGGUGCCCGUGCCCGUUACCAGAAGUCUUACCGUUAA